AAAAGCCCAUUAGAAGUCUCUUCUUCUCUCUUUCAGAUCUCUCUCUUCUUCUUCUUCUUCUGCUCAAGCUAAGAACCAUCUCUGCCUCUUCUUCCACCUUCAGCAACCAAAGAUGAUGAACAGCUGUGGAAUCCAACAAAACGCUUUUGAAGAGAUGAAGAGAAACGCCGCCGUUUCUGAUCGGAGAGACGCCGUGAUUUGUCCUAAACCUCGUCGUGUUGGUGCUCUUAAUCACCACUCUUCUCGAUCUCUCCGUUGGCAACUCAAUCAUCAGAUGGAAUCAUGUGAAUCGAAUUCAAGAAGUGAGAUUUUGGAUUUCAUCCUCACAAAGGGUGGUGGUGGUGGUGAACAAGAUGAGACGAGGAGGGUGAUGACGCCGCCUCUGUUCUUCACAGGGUCACCACCAAGUAGAGUUUCUAACCCAUUAACAAAAGAUUCACUUUUUCGAGAAGAGCUUCUCGUGGUGGCUUCUCCGACUCCAUCGACUCCACGAGCAACCAAACCGCAGCCACCGUCUUCUCCAAGGAACGGCAGUUGUGUUAUGGCGGCGACGAGUUUCGGGAACAAUCCCGUGGUUCGUGUUGUGGGAUUCGAUUGUGACAGACGUAGCAGCAGCAACAGGAGCAUUUCGACUCUUGCAUAAAGAGUAGUCCAAUAUGCAUAUAUAUAUAACAGAGAGGGAAUUAUAAAGAACAACUAAGAAAGGUUUAGGAAUUGA